UAGAUAAUGUGCUCUUGGCCAUGACAGCAUGAAAGACCACUUCACUGGCGGCAAGCAGUGGAUCUUGGAAAUUGUGAGACGAGUUGGAGACUCAAGGAAGCCGCUUCACUCGUUAGGCUUUGCAAAUCAUACUCGCCCUGUUUCUCGCCGCGUGAUUGAGGUAGCCAAGUCUUCUCAACGUCGUAUUAUCCGCACAGGAAGCAAUCAGGCGAUGUCAUGGAAGACGAAAAAGCGCCGCUCGGAUCUGCAGCUUCAAGGUAGCUCCAGAAAAGUCCUGGUUGUUGGAAAAAACCGAAUCCAAGACACGCGACAACGCAAGGCACCAGAACAGCGCCAAUCCGCUUGCUUUUGCUCCGCCGCGCAGAGGCCUAUCGAGUGCGAUCCUUUUCAAUCUACCGAUGCUUCUGUGCAGAGUCUCACAGCACCACGGAAUGCGAUGAGCGCGCCUUCUCGCCUGCGGUCUGGGUUCCAGUCAACCCCAUAUCCCGCCAACAGACGACGCACCGACUACGACGACGAUGAACCACCAGCGAUAUCAAAGUUCAUCUCGGCGGCCGCGUCGAACAGGAUGGCGAAGCUUCCUACAGCCCCCGAAAGCGCAGCGCCCCGCAGCAGCACCGGCAACGCUCCAGUGAUUCCUUUGACGCUUCUCGAUGCACCACAACAACGCCUUUACGCCUUUGCUGUUUACGUCUUGCUGUGGGCAUGGAAGCUUUACGACUGGCUACAGGUGAUAGAGGAUGGCAAUGGCUCUGGGUGGCUGUUCAUGAAAUGGAUCCUCAUCGACUUUGUUUUUAUAUUCGGGCUUCCAGAGCUGCGGAUUCCCUGGCUGGAGCUCUCCCAGCUGGUAGUGAUUGGUGUUUUUGCGUCACAUGUGGUUACUAACUAUAUGCUCAUGUUCAAUAUUCCGCCUUGGCUCCUCGGCAUUGCCAAAGUCCUCUACGAUCGUGAGAUCUCAGUUUCAGAGCACCACGUCAAGGUCUCCAACAUUCUCAACAACAACUCCCUGAUUAUGGGCAAACAGAUCAUCAACAUUCUUCCAGAAGGCUCUGCCGUCCUCAAUCCCGACCAUUCGCCCUUUUGCUUGUCAGGCAAAAGCCAAGUUGCCCUCCCAAUCUACUUCAACGCCACUGUACCCGUUGAAGUCGAAUUCUUACGUCUCGAUCUUGAGACCGGCAAGGAAGAUAUAAUCAAGGUUUCGAGCAGAGAAAUAAACAAGGUGGCCAAGUUGAUUCGAGAAAACAACGCGGAUCCAGAUGCUGCUCCGUUCCAAUGGAUAUACCCCGUGAAGAAGCCGGGUGUCUAUCGAUUGAACAAAGUGCUGGAUGAAUACAAGCUUGAGGUUCAGAGGCCGAUUAGGGAUACGUAUGUGGUGCCUUGUCCACAGGCCAGGAUUCAGACCGCCGAGUCCUCGGAUCGAUGCAUUCGCGACUUGUCCAACCUAUCGCUCGAUGUUGUUGGAACACCGCCACUAAAGAUACAAUAUUCGCGAUCGAUCAAUGGGAAGAACCAUGCCUUCCACUUUCAAAGCUUGCAGCCUGAAGGGUUCACCUCACCACUCAUCAGCACCUCCGGUCUGGGCUUCGACAAUAGCGAUGACGUUUCUUGGGUCAAACCUCAGAAGGUAACAGUGAAACUAAAUGAGUCCAUGGCCACCGCUGGAGAAUGGGAAUAUUCAGUAGAAGAGGUUUACGACGCAUUCGGCAAUGUCGUCAAAUAUGCGGAUGCAAAUGAAGAACUGGACUCACCAAAAACAAAAUGGCUCUCUCAACGAUUUUCCGUCAAGGAGCGGCCCAAGAUUCGCAUGCAGGGCUGCGAUCUGAGAAACCCCCUUAGAGUAGCCAAGGGUCGCGCCGCCAAGCUGCCCAUCAGUUUUGGUCUCACUGGCCGCGUGGAGGAUACUUCUCAUAAAAUCACUUGGCAAUUCUCACCCAUCGAUUCGAUCACGAAUAGCGGCGAUCACGGCGAUCAGGUAUCAAUUGGAAGGCAUUCUGCGAAGAAUUCAAUGGACAAGCCGCUGGUUUCAGAACCUGGUCUCUACACGCUAAAGUCUGUUUCGAGCGGAUCUUGCGAGGGCGAAGUAGAUGAACCUUCUUCUUGCUUGCUGUUGAAUCCGCUGGAGCCGCAUUUGUCUAUCCGGACGGAAGAAAUAGCGGACAAAUGUGCUGGCAACUCUGUUGGUCUUCGCGUCGAUCUCGAUCUCGUCGGCACACCCCCAUUCACCGUGCGAUACGAUGUCAUCUCCGAUGGCCAUGUUGAGAAACAAGCCCAUCGCGUAGAUGCCUUGAGGUCUCAGAUUGAGCUCGUUCCUCGCAAAGCUGGGCGCUACAAGUACAUCUUUAGGUCUAUUGACGAUGACGUCUACACCGGGUUGCCUUUGACAGGCGAAGACAAAGUCCUGGAGCAGGUGGUCAAGCCGGCUGCAUCCGCAUAUAUCUCGAAUCGUGAGAAGACAAUUAGCGCAUGUCUCGAAUCUGAGGUGGAUGUGGAUGUUGUGCUUGCCGGAGAGCCACCGUUCAGCCUGGAGUGGGAAAUCAUUCACGAUGGCAAACGCAAGCCCGCGCGUGCAACAGAUAUCAAGGACUCACACUUUAAGAUCAAGACAUCAUCACUUACUAAGGGUGGAGACUAUAUUCUUGCUCUUAGCAGUGUUCAGGAUCAACGCGGAUGCCGAACUUUCUUGCAAGACCAGAUGAAGAUUUCUGUGCGUCGCCAGCGGCCACGGGGUGCCUUUGGAUUGAUUGAGCAGAAGAACAGCAUAAUGGCUGUUGAGGACACCGCUCUUCGCCUGCCACUUCGUCUCCAAGGUGAAGGACCGUGGACCGUUUCCUAUCGAAACUUGGAUGGACCUUCGGACAUUAUCACUAAGACGAUAAACGGACCGAAUGACUACCUUUUGGUUCGGUCACGAGGAACUUACGAGCUCCUUGAUAUCGUUGACAAGCAAUGUCCUGGAGUUAUUGAGCCUACAGCCUCUAAAUUCGAGGUAGACUGGUUCCCCCGGCCAGAGAUAUCCGUUGUCACAUCCAACAGCAUCACGUCGUCUAAAUCUGGCGUGUUUGUUAAACAAGAAAUCUGCGAAGGCGAUAUCGAUGGCUUCGAAAUCAGCCUCAAAGGAUCGGCUCCAUACCACGUUGAAUAUGAAGUUAGACACAAGCCAGCGCAGGGUGCUAUUUCCCUCAGCCAAAGACGCUUUGAUGCUGCUUUGUCUAAGGCGGCUGUUGCUAUGGACACAUCCAAAGCUGGCGACUAUACUUAUAAGUUUUCUGAACUGGCAGAUAACCUCUACAACAGCGAUAAGCACUUCACUCCUUUGCUCGUUCAGCAGCACGUAAAUGCCAAGCCAACGGCCGCUUUUGCUAAGCCAGGUCAAACAUUCAAGUACUGCCUGGAAGAGCAAGAGCAAGAAGAUGUGAUCCCUAUCACACUUACAGGUGUUCCACCCUUCUACGUCGAAGUGGAAAUCAAGCAUCAGGUUGGAUCUACUCCGGAGACCUAUCGAAUUCCUGCAAUUCAGACCAACAAUUAUGGCAUGUCAAUUCCACGCCAGCAUCUUCGUCUAGGCAACCAGCAGUUGCUCCUUCGUACUGUCCGAGAUGCGCGAGGCUGUCAGAGGAAAUAUGAUGUUGGUGGGCCAUCUAUACAAAUUCAGCUGUACGAUGCCCCCUCAAUAUAUCCAUUGGAAUCACGCAAAGAUUACUGCAUCGGCGAGCGUAUCGCGUACACCUUGUCUGGUACGCCGCCAUUUGACAUUGCUUACGACUUUAAUGGCCAAUGGAACGCAAAAUCGCAUACGACUAGCUUUAGGCGUAUUGCCGAGAAGCCUGGCGAGUUUACUAUUACCAGCAUCUCUGACAAGGCCAGCGAAUGUCGCGCUUCUGUGAAUCUUCCUGUAACUAUCCACCCGCUACCUAGCGUGCAGAUUAGCCGUGGUAAGAUGUCUCGGGUAGAUAUCCAUGAAGGAAACGAGGUGGAUAUUCUCUUCGAAUUCUGGGGCUCUCCUCCGUUCGAAUUCACCUAUACACGAAGCAGCAAUGCCAAGAAGGGACAGCGAAGCGUCAUCCUCGAGACUAGACAUGACAUCUCGUAUGAACACAGCAAGGUUGUCAAGGCUAGCCAGGAGGGUACGUAUGAAGUUGUUGCAAUCAAGGACAAGUUCUGCUCCUUCUCAACGCAACAGGUGGAUCACAAGAAGCCGCGGUAAAGGGCAGGUGAAGUUAUCAUAGACUGGGGAGAGAGAAGAAGGAGAAGAAGAAAAAAAGAUAUACGUGCUACGACAAAUCAAAGAUAUGGAAUGAAGCAAUAGGGGAGAGAGAAAAGAGAGAAAUAAUCUUGUAAGACAUUGAACGGUUAAAGGGGGGAAGAGACUGGAUUGUAGGGAAUGGGAUAAAUUUAUGUACAUAUGCACUUAUACCAUGGCAUGGCGUUUUUGAGUAAGGAAGAAACCAGGUUAUGCACUGGAAAGUUUAUAGUUGUUUUGUUCUUGAACCAAGUGUUUUGUGUUGUGUUCUCUGGAGUAAUGCUUCUCUUAUGCUGGAGAAGACUUGUAAUAGGUUUAACUAAUGUAGUGCGCUGUCUAAGCUGGACCUUUUCUUCUUUAAAUGUACAAAGUGCUAUAUCCAAAAUGUGAUCUAUAUACAAGUAUAGAUUCAAGAAUUACUCUUCCUCCUCAGCCACCUCAAUCUUUUUGAUCAUAUCCCCUCCAGCUCUUGCAAUCUCUAGCAGGACUGCCUUGCGGUUCACCUCAACUUGAUCACCGUCACCUCCGACAGAGUGGAAGUUGUAUGGCAAGCCCGCUCUAAACUUUUGCUUCUGCAGUCGAGGGUUCCAAAGAGCCGCCACCACGGCGUCAUCCGCGCCGCCCCGGAAGAACAGCAGCGAGUCUUCAUACACGCGCUCCAGCUCCUCCAUGAAGACGUCUGUCGGGUGUGCCCUGAUGGGGAGCGGGACGGAUGCGGUGAGAGCGUCGAGGUUUUUGAAUUGGGAGUGCUUCCGUCCGCUGGACUCGACGGCUGUUUCGCGGAUAAUGUUUUUGAUGGCCUUGGAGGAGAGGUGGAAGAGGACGUCGUAGUCUUGGAGGGAGGUCUCGAACAGAAGAGAUGGGUCGAGGUGGAUGCCCUUUUCUCGGACGAGCUUGCAGGCUGCUUUGGCGAGAUGUGUCAUGCGGGAGGCAACCAGUUUUGAUGGUCCGUUGCGAGUGUAUGCAAGGCCAGAUCGAUCGUUGGAUGUGGCCACAAAUAGGACCUUGUCGUUCAUGUUGGGAUCUCGUUUUCUCCAGGUUUGAAGGUCAUGGCGAACGGAGGAUCGAUCGUCUUCGGAAAGAUCUUCCGCCGUGUCGACAAUCAAGGCCUCGUCACGCCAAUCCCAUUUGGAAAGAAAGAAUAGUGUUCGCAGCAGACCCGUGAUGACGGAAGUGGGCUGCCUCCAGGGGUAUGGCUGGAGGAAUGCGUGAAGAACGAACAGCUCAACGAGCUCUUCGCGGAUAUGGCCAGUCAGCUUGUGGCUAUUGAACCAAUGCUUGACUAGUCGGAUGGUUGGCGAGAGAGGAGGGAAACGGGUGCAGAAAGUUGCAAUGGUCUGAGUGUGGAGCGGAAGAGCAUUGUACAGCCAGUUGAGCUUUUCAAAGGCUUCUUCGGCUUCCUCGCG